UGUUGUCCGCACGAUCGCUAUCGCCAAGGUCGCGAUCGGUGGGAGCACGCGCGUACUGUUUCAUUGUGUUGCAGUGCAGCGGUGGAAGCGAUCGGUGUAAGAUGCCGUUCCUCAGCCAAAGUUUAUUGGUGUUUAUAUUGCUUUGCAAUCGUUAUGGCAGGGGAGAUCGUACGGUUAUGGCAGCUCUGGAGGAUGAGCGACAGAAAAACGACAUCGAGCUAGCGAUGAUGCCGAAUGUUCGUGAAUCGUUAGAUGAUUGUCACAUGAGAUAUUACAAAUACGACAUACCAAGCGUAGAGUAUUCCGUCUACGAUCGACCACGUUUGAAGUUCCGAGAGUUCCCCCAUCUCGCCACGAUUGGCUGGACCGGUUUGGAUGGCACCGUGCAGUGGAACUGCAUGGGCACGCUGGUGUGGGAGAACUUCAUCUUAACAUCAGCCCGCUGUACACGUAACGAAAAUCAGGUGGCUCCCGAUGUGACGCGUAUGGGAAAUCCCGGCGCAGAGCAACAGAUAAAGAUCGCUGAAGUUAUACGUCAUCCAGAGUACAGGGAGGGUGGCCGACAGCAUAACGUCGCCCUUUUGCGAUUAGAAUCGAAGUUUGAAGUUGACUCGACAGUUGUUCCGGCUUGUCUUUGGGGCAAAGAGGAAAUAAAAUUUCGGACCAUGGAAGCGGUUAGCGGAACUGAUUUGGGAACGUCAACCGUUUCCAAAGUUACUGUUCGUCCUGUAACGGGUGGUUGUGGUGGAGUAUCUAACAACGGCACCGGUUCUGACCUGUGCGUGGAGAAUAGUGAGCUGGAUUCGUGUUUGGGGAACACUGGUGGAUUUCUUCAAGUAUCGUUGCUGCACAGUGCAAAGGUGUCUCCAUUUGUCGUUGCGAUCGGUUCCGCGGCUAGUAAUUCCUGUGCACAAUCAAAACCCUUUGAAUACACCAAAGUAUCCUCAUACGUUCCGUGGAUACGUUCAACUAUUGAGGCUGCUGGAGAACCAGCCUGGGAAUGGAAAUUUGGAGAAGCUGAGUGUGGUCUUCGCUUGGUAAACUUAAGACCCUACGAGAAGGAUGUUAUUAUCGGUGAAACGGCCUCUCACAAUAUCACCAGCGAGAAGGCAUAUCGAACCGAGAUAUACACAUGCAAUGGUUGAAAUACAUUUUACGGGAUACUUUUCGAACCUGGACGACUGCAGUGGACUCGUAAUAGAUGAAUACACCGUACUGACGUUGGCUCAGUGUACCACGAAACAUGGGAAACGAGCUACAUACGUUAUGUACCUGAAUAAUGAGCGGAACACUGUGGUGAAGCACUACAAUCAUCCGGGCUACCGUGAGGGACAGCUGUACAACGACAUUGGACUGUUGAAGGUGAGGAUGCGCUUCACCUUCUUUGGGUUCUUUGUACCGCAAUGUAUUUGGUAUGGUGAGGCGAUCCCCGAAGGGAAGGUUGAGCUGACCGGCAAAGGAAGGCGCGAUCUUAACUACUUCAGUCUGCAUGAUGAUUCUGUGGAUGUGUUUGAACCUCAAUCCCUUGAGCUGACACCGCGUGCUGAUGUCCUUUCACCAGCGAACUGUACUUACCCGGAAGAGUACUCAAACAACUUACCAAGAGGAUUGGCCGAGGAACAUUUGUGCUUUGGCAGCGAACCAUAUCUAGUGCCAAAAACGUGUACCCAAACCUUUGGUGGACCAGUCGGCGGUUUAGUGAAGAAAUUCAACAGACCGUUCCGGUACGCGUACGCACUCAACUUGGCCGGUGUUGACUGUGGUUUCGGAAGGCCUGCAUUAGGUGUGCGGCUUGCUUCGCACGUUGACUGGUUAAAAUCGAUGUUGCUACCAGGGUUUGAAAAAGAUAGUGGAUCGGUUCAUUUUUUGAAUUCAGAUCUAGAAGAAAAUGAUAUCUGUCGGUAUGUGGAUGGUACGGAUGGGUUGUGUGUGGAUGCUGCAAGAUGUCCCAGAGUUCGGUACGAUUUCUCGGUCAACCGUCAGGUGGUGUUCUGUAGCUCGUCUAGCGUUGUUUGCUGUCCGUACGAAAAUAUGGUGAACGAAACAACGGUUGCUGGAAGGGAGCUGGACGAGUGUGAAGAUCGCUACAAGGAGGAACGUGCGCGUUCAAGCGAAAUAUUGUACGGACCUGGACCGCUGCGCGAUGACUUUCCACAUCUGGCUGAGAUCGGUUGGCAGCCGAAUGGCGAGCAAAAAAUUAGCUGGAAUUGUAGAGGAACCAUUAUCGCCUCGAGGGCUAUUCUGACAAGCGCGAAAUGUGUACAGCAACAAGCAAGCUCACCAUCCCUGGUUCGGCUUGGAAUGAACGAUACAGCUCCGGUGAUGGACGUGGAGGAUACGAUCAUACAUCCGGAGUAUGAACGAGCUGCUGGCAAGAAUGAUAUAGCAGUGAUCAAGUUGAAGCAUUCAUUAGAAAAAAGAUCACCAACCAAAUAUCCUGCGUGCAUCUGGACCAAUCAAACCCAUACUCCGUUCGAAAUGAUUCAACUAGUAAUAAAUGGAACGGCAGACGAUUACGCUGCCUCCACAGCCAAAUACAACACAGAUUGUGAAGACUCUGAAGAACGGCUAGCCUCCAGUCAGCUUUGCGUUGAUGUGCAUCCCGCCAAUACGGUAGUCUCGGAGGGCGAUCCUAUGUUUUGGCCUAAAACACUAGCGGACGGUACAUUGGUGCAGUAUUUGGUAGGGACUAUGAGUCGUACUGCGGCUAACGAUAGGUCAGUGAAAAUCCAUCACAGAAUGUCUUCGUACGUUGGGUGGAUCAAGAGUGUUUUGUAGCGCGAGUGUCGUUGAAGUACUGAUGGAAUAAACUUUUCUAUUUGAACACUCCA